CGCCUGCGCGGCCCCUGGGUUUUUCACGUGGCCCGAGGGCCGGACUUGCGGGUCUCCUUGCAGCGGUGCACGAGAGCAGAGUACUUGCUGCGGCGGCGGGAGUCAUGGCAGGACAAGCAUUUAGAAAGUUUCUUCCGCUUUUUGACCGGGUAUUGGUUGAAAGGAGUGCAGCCGAAACUGUAACCAAAGGAGGCAUUAUGCUUCCAGAAAAAUCUCAAGGAAAAGUGUUGCAAGCAACAGUAGUGGCUGUUGGAUCGGGCUCUAAAGGAAAGGAUUUCUAUAAUUGGCCUGAUGAAUCCUUUGAUGAAAUGGACAGUACACUAGCUGUUCAGCAGUAUAUUCAACAGAACAUAAGAGCAGAUUGCUCCAAUAUUGACAAAAUUCUUGAACCACCUGAAGGCCAAGAUGAAGGCGUAUGGAAGUAUGAACAUUUAAGGCAAUUCUGCCUUGAGCUAAAUGGACUUGCUGUCAAACUUCAGAGUGAAUGCCAUCCAGAUACUUGCACUCAAAUGACAGCAACUGAACAAUGGAUUUUUCUUUGUGCAGCUCAUAAAACUCCAAAAGAGUGUCCUGCUAUAGACUAUACAAGACACACACUUGAUGGUGCUGCAUGUCUUCUGAAUAGCAAUAAAUAUUUUCCCAGCAGGGUUAGCAUAAAGGAAUCAUCUGUAGCAAAACUAGGAUCAGUAUGCCGUAGGAUUUACAGAAUAUUUUCACAUGCUUAUUUUCAUCACCGGCAGAUAUUUGAUGAAUAUGAAAAUGAAACAUUUUUGUGUCAUCGGUUUACUAAGUUUGUGAUGAAAUAUAAUUUGAUGUCCAAGGAUAACCUGAUUGUACCAAUUUUAGAAGAGGAAGUUCAGAAUUCAGUUUCUGGGGAAAGUGAAGCAUGAAGGGAAUCAUAUAGAAAAAUGUACUGAUCACAUAAUUAACAUUAAUUAUGUACUGUAUAUAUAUCAUUUUAGACACAUCAAUCAUGUAUCCAUAUUAUAGCUUCUUCGUUUAGUAUAGGAUUUUGUAUGCUGUGUUUGCCUUUUAAAAUGGGAAAUACUUUUUAAGUUAUUCAUAAGCUGUAUAUUCACUGGUGUGGCACUCAUGGUUUUUAAAUAAGAUUAGUAUUAUCUGUUUAUAAUGCCUGUUAAUAAAAGAAUUUACAGUUUGGUAAAAUUGCUGCUAAACAAUCAUUGGAUCACAAUCCUCAUCAAAUAAACCCAUCUAUAAAAAGAUGAGUGAGCUUGAGGUUUCACACAAGCCAUUUACUAAAGAGAUAGUAAUGUUUUCCUUUGAUUUUACCCCUGAGUUUAGAUAUUCUAGAAAAUUCUGUAGUACAUACUUCCAUCUUAACUAUUAACUUUCCCAAAAUGAGGUAAAAGUGUUUUAAAAAUCUGUUUAUAGUUUUUGGUAUGCAUAUAUGAUUAUGUGUAUAUCCGAAUAUAAAAUGCAAAUGAAGCAUUAGUAAUACUUAAUCUUACUAUGCUACAAUAAAGUAUAUUCCAGGCCAGCAUACUUGGAAAGGAUUUACCUUUCUGCAACAGUGAACUUUUACAUACAAGAUGAUGAUAAGGCACGUAAAUAAUGUUCCCACUGGAAACCUGCUCUGUCUUCCCUUUCCCAUUUCCCUUAACCUUUUCAAACUAUGUUAGCUGAGAAGCUUUUCACCAGACUGUGAUUUAGUGGUGGCUUAUACCUAUUUAUAUUUGUAUUAAUUGCUUACAGAUUAUACCUCAUAUUAGCAAUUAUAUUACACUACAGGAAAAAUGUAUUGGCAUAGGCUCUUGCUUAUCUUUGUUUUCAAAAUUGUUCUAACUACUUAGAAAACAGUCCUUAAGAUAGUUUGACUCUUCCUGUUAGUAAUAUUAAUCUUUUCAUCUAACCAUCUAGGCAGCAUUAGAAUUGAAGAAAUAUUGUAGUAUUUAUUUUAUACCCCCUCCCCACCAAGUUUGUUUGAAUUAUAUGCACAUGUGAGAUUAUUUGCAGUAAUACACAGGUUCCCAAGGGUAUUGAUUAAUGUUCAUAUAUUUUUUGGACUUUGUUAUAAUUCUAUGUUUUAAGAAGGAUUCAAGUGCAGAUUUAACAAUCUUAUCAUCUAUUGAAGGCAGUUUUUGAUAAAGCACUGGAAGUCUUAUUGCCAAACUGUAAUGAGGCACUAAGAUGGGGUGAAAAAAUUGUACAUGUCAUGAAGAAAAUAUUUAAGCCAUCUCUUGACUAGAUCUAAUAAAUACGAGGAACUUUUUUUUUCAUUUAUAAGGUGUUAUUUUGAAGAUGAAAAUGAAUUCAUCUUAUUUUUCAAAUUUGAGGGAAUAAUUUAUACCAUAUUAUGAGACAAGUAUGUACAGCAAAAAUGUGGGAAAUAGUAGCAUAAUGAGAGUGUGUAUAUAUAGUUUAUGCCUUUCCAAACUUGCCAGUCUUUUGGGCUUUGAAAAAUGGUAUCGCAGCAGUCAUAGUCAUUACUGUACCCCAACCCACAACUAUCUUUUAAGAGGUUUUAUGUUCACAGUGAAAGGAAUGUUGGCUUUGAAAUUAUGCAUUCAUAUUAAUGUUACUAUAAACCAAUGGGAAUGGUAAUUUUUAAAUGAACUUGCUAAAUAUUGGGAGACUAAACUACUAAGUUAAUAAAUUAUAUUUAGCAAUGUAGCUAUCUUUCUAGACAGUGUCUCAUAAUGGAUUUCUGUUGCUUGACUAUAUUAGUGAACAUUUGAACUAAGGCAGUGACUAGCAUUGGUGAACUGGCUGAUUAUUUUGAAACACAGUUUGAAUAAUAUGGUUUAGUGUUAAUGGGGAAAUAAAAUAUGACUUUUUUCCUUACUCAUUCCAUCUUCCCUGUACUGUGUGUUUGGAAUUGAUCAUAAAAAUAUUUCCGAAAGAAAA